GCCGGUAUUAGCGCCAAGGUUUUGAAAACAUGCAUUACACGAAGACCAGUUUCUGUUGAGUUCGAAGCCCUCCGGUUUACUUCCCUCUUCCUUAAGAACCACUCCUCUCCGUUCCGCUUUCGUCGCCUGCGUCUCGGCAGCUCUAUUGACAGUCAAAAUGCUUCGCACCGGUUGCGCCUUGUUUCUCUAAGUCGUACGCUCUCUUGGUACCGGUAUAGUCGCCCCGGCUGGUCACAAUCGAUAUGACACCCUCUGUUAAUCCUCUUCUUUACUCUGCAUUGCAUCAUACAUCCUUGGGUUGGCCUCUGCGACGGCUUUCCCCUUUGCUUUUUGCUCUUCUCAUGUGCCUGUCAAUGUGAUCCUCUGAUUUAUUGCGGAACGUCCUCCGGAUGGGUUCCCAGAUUGACUUCACAAAGACCCAAAGAACUGUCGCUUUGGCGUUGUCACUAUUGCACAGCCUAUAGCGCAUCCUUUAAUCGAUCUCGACCAGUCUGCACUGAGCCUUCACUUUUCAUAAUACACCAGUCGUUCUACAUUGCCACUUCAGUUGGCAUCGCUUCUGUCUACAACCAAUUCGCGAGAGAAGGUGUAGUGCAGCCCGAUCAUUUGAGCUCGAAUCGGGGGUGCGCAGGCGAGAAGACUCCGGCCUCGUGGAGCGAAGAGGGUGCCGGUCGGUUCAUCCCUUAUUUUCCCAAAGCCUCGAGCCUUGUUCUGCGGGAGGACUGGCUGCGCUACUGCGGGGCCGGUCUGAAGUUCAUCCAAGCAUCCAUUAGUUUAUUGCCUCCAUUUACCAUAAAAGUGCACAAAGCAAUUUGCAGAAGGGAGAAAUAA